GUGCUUCCGGACAGAUCGGUGCCCUCCGCCGCUGACAGACAGCAGACAUGGCGGAGUACAGCCAGGCGGGCCUCCUGGCGGCUCUGCUCCUCUUCACGGCCCUCACGGUCCGGGACGUUUAUCUUGGUAGAUCAAGUCCGCAGCGCGGACAGCAGCCAGCCGACAGCCCCGGCCUCUCCCCGGACACCCUUCCGGACGCAGAGUCCGGGAAACCCGCCAAGUCUUCCCUGUACACCGGGCCCGUGCUCAAGUUCCAGUACUGUAUCUCCUGAGGUUACAGCAAAGUGUUCCAGGAGUACUCUCGAGCCAUCGGCCAGCUGUACCCUGACAUCCGCAUCGAGGGAGAAAACUACCCCCCGACCCCCUUCAACAGGUGUUUCGGUAACCUGAUCUCCUACCUGAAGCUCCUCUCCAUCCUGCUCAUCGUCAGCGGUCAGAAUCCCUUCGUCCUCCUCGGCCUCGACACUCCCAGAGCCUGGACCUGGAGUCAGGACAACAAGAUCUUCUCCUGUCUAAUGGCCUUCUUCCUCUGUAACAUGAUGGAGACUCACUUCCUGUCUACAGGUGCCUUCGAGGUCACACUGAACGACGUCCCCGUGUGGUCGAAGCUUCAGUCGGGUUACGUCCCGAACAUCCAGGAGAUCUUCCAGAUCCUCGACACCCACCUGAAGAUGAACCAGGUGGAUCCCAUGAGCUUCUCCUCCACUUAGAGCUGCACACGCAGCCGUGCUGCGUUUAGGUGUCCCGGCUCAGUGGGACGUUCAGCCGCUGGCGUUCAUGAAGGUUCGGCCUAAAAGCAGACUCUGCGGGGCCGGGCCGGAUGUCCCCCGCCACGAAACGAGCGCUCCCUCUGCGCCGGAUCACAGCGCAGCACUACAGUACCCAUAAUGCACCUGUCAGCACGGGUGCAGUCCGCCGUACUCCCAGACUGACGACUCUACUGGACUCUACUGGUUUCUGUUGCUUCAUUUUGAUUUUAUUUAUUUAGUUUGAGGUUCAGUUUGUUACCGCUGUUAGCUUCAUGCUAAUUAGCCUCCGUCUGCACAGGACGGAAAAGUACCGAAUAAUUAAAAUCUGGUUCAUGUAACAAAUGAUCGUCUUCACUGUCAGUUAUUUUUUUAAUGAAUCUCGUCAUUGAUUCUGUAAAAUGUCUCAAAUGAAUAAAACUCAGAAGUUUCAGUUUCUGACAUGAAA